UAGUUUGAUCCUUCUCAGGGCAUAGAAGACUACAUGGGCGAUAUGGACUUCAAAGUGGCCGGCACGAAGAAGGGCAUCACGGCGUUGCAGGCGGACAUCAAGCUGGCCGGCCUGCCGCUCCGCGUCGUCAUGGAGGCCGUGCAGCGGGCCUGCGACGCCAAGGCCAAGAUCAUCGACAUCAUGAACCAAUGCCUCGACGCAUCCAGACAAGGAUUAAAAGAGAACAUGCCAGUGAUUGAAGAGAUCGAAGUGGAAGCUCACAAGCGGCCCAAGCUCCUCGGGCUCGGCGGCUCCAACUUGAAGAAGCUUUACGUUGAGACCGGCGUGCAGGUGACGCCAGUGGACGAGACUAAGUACAGCGUGUUCGCGCCCUCCCGGCCCGCCAUGGACGAGGCCCGCUCGCGCAUGGCGGCCUGGCUCGCCUCCGAGCGGACCCCAGAGCUGGAGUUCGGGGCCAUAUACAAGGCCAGAGUGGUCGAGGUCCGGGAUAUAGGCGUGCUGGUCACGCUGUACCCGGGCAUGAGUCCGGCUUUAGUGCACAACACGCAGUUGGACCACAGGAAGAUAAUGCACCCCUCGGUUCUGGGGCUGGAAGUCGGCUCGGAGAUCCAGGUGAAGUACUUCGGGCGGGACCCCGUGUCGGGGCAGGUCCGCUUGUCCAAGAAAGUGCUAUCGUCGCCGCCGCCCGCCGUCGUCAGGAAUUUGGAUAAAAGUUAGAUCAGACUAGAUUUUAAAGGAGUUUUUUUGUGCCUAAACUGUGUCCGAUAUAGUGUUGUUCGCGAAAUUUAUCAUAUGUUCCUGUAAAUAUAAAGUGUAUUGCUAUUAUUGUAUCUGAAACAAAGAAUCGAGGCUACCUUACAUUGAAGAGAUUUUACCCUCAUUUUAACUUGCAAUUUCAAAGACCAAACAAACAAGGUGGUGGUUGUGAAGGAACACGCGUGAUCAUCAUGAAUCAUCAUGAAAAUUUUGUAACGCGCGAAUUUUUUUGACGCAAUGUAACGGAAAUUAAAUUAGGACGCGCGAGGUCAACGAACCACGAUGACGUGAUUAGGAGCGUGACUGUUUCGCAGUACAUUGCCGCUCCUCAAAUAUUGAUAACAAAUUUCUACACUAAAAUGAGUAAUCUGUUAUACGGACGUUCGUAAUUUCGUCACGCACCAAAAAUGCACCACCUUUUUUGAGAGGCGUCAAGAGAAGUGCAACUUCAAGAAUGUAUGACAAUUUAUGCUCAUUAUUUAUCCUUGGAAGGUGAAAUAAUUUAAUUAAUAUGGGCACUCUAACCUUGUACAGUUGUACAGCCCUGACUUGAAAUAAAUGAAGCCUCGGCAAAUAAAUAUCGUUCUUAAAUUGAAACAGCCGUGCCUACAGUAUGAAAUUGAAUUUAGUUAUGUCAACUUCUGCUUACUCUUAAAAAUAUCAAAUGUUGUCCUUAUGUUUUAAGAGUAAAACUUGUGGGGCCGUCCCUACCUCAAUACCUGAAGCUUGGACCGAACCUCAAUGAUGCCUCAAAGGACUCAAAGACGAGACACACGCUGUGAUAUCUAUGGACAUAUUGACUCUUGUAUCGGUUAUUGUUGAACUUAGCCGCCUACGUCAUACGUAGGCAUAUAGUCCUUAUGCAUAUCUUCAGUCCAGUUUGUUUGUACAGACGUCGCUGCUGUGGUCCAUUGACUGUACAUCUUUGAACGAUACGAUUUUGUAGCCGUAUGUAUAUUUAAUGUUUAUGUAUAUUUAUAUAAGUUGAAUAUUUCUGUUAGCCACUUAAUUAUUAGUAUAAAUGUUAUUUGUUAAAUUUCGACUCCAA